CGCCAGGCUUAGUCAGAGGAAUGUGGGUGGGACUCUCUCCUCCCCGCCGCCUUAAAACUCCGCUCGGACUUACACGCCUGCAGCCUUCCGUCCCGUCGGAGCGUCCCCGCCGCAUUCGCGGCACUCAGUCCCGCUGAGUGUCCCCACCCCCACCACCGGCCGGGCAGGAUGGUGGUGUGCGGCCUCGCUUGCUGGAGGUGCAGGUGGCUCCUGCCCCUGCUGCUGGGCCUGGCCAUCAUCAUGGGCAUCAUCGCCUUGGCGGGCAGGGGCUGGCUGGAGUCUGAGUCGGAGCCCUAUGUGCAGCAAGCUUCGCUAUGGGAGAGCUGCACCCGGGGUGAGGAGGACCUCAACUGGAACUGCGAGUCCCUCAUGGACUACGGAUGGGGGAGAGCAGCAGCUGCCACAUACCUCGUUGGCUUUGUGAUCCUGGUCAUCUGUUUUGCCCUCGCAGUCAUUGCGUUCUCAAUCGAGAUACUCCGCUUCAACUUUGUGCGAGGAAUUGGAGGCUUGCUCUUUGUCGUUGCUGCAUUCCAGAUCAUAGGCUUGGUUAUCUACCCGGUGAAAUUCACAGAAGAAAUUCCACUGACAGGAGAUAACAUGUUCAGCUGGGCCUAUGGCUUUGGUUGGGCCAGCACUGUUGUUGUAAUAGGGUGUGCUUUCUUCUUCUGCUGCCUCCCCAACUGGGAAGAUGAAGUCCUGGGAAACAUCAAGCCUAGCUGUUAUUACUCCUCCCCAGAGAGAGCACCGUACUUAAAUUGAAAGAUUAAAUCCAAGUGCAACCAACUGUCAAAACAAGAGGAGCACCUCUGAUGUAAAUUUGCUGCAAUUACAGGAGACUGAAAAAACCCACCUUGUUUCUCCAGAGUAUUUCUUACUAGCCCUGCCAAUAAAUUGGUAAAAACAUGGGCAUCUUUAAGCAAAUAGCUUUUACCUAAAGUUUUAUUUAUGUAUUCUAAAAUUGAUUUUGUUUUGGUCGUUUACUUGCUCCUUCCACUCCCAACUAGUUGAGUCAUCCUUAUUGUAUUUAAACAAGCUUAUGAAUAAAGAUGUAGUGUUUCAAGGGUAGAAAGGGAGAGGAGAGAUUUUAAACAAGCCAUUAGAGGGACCUACAAAUUAUUGUUUUCACCUCUGACAAAAUUGCCUUAAAUUGAACUGGAAAAAAAUGAAACAAAACAACAAAACUAACAGCCUUCCAAAGAAUGUGUUUUUUUCCACCAAAGUCAGUCCCAAGGAAAGAACUUCCCUGAGACUUUUGCAGUCACCUGCUGCCCAAGAAUCUCUUCUCAUUCCUCUUACUGGACUACUGUUGACUAUUAGCUAUUUGAAUUAAGGGAAAAUUAAAAUUAAAAUUUAUUUUCCACCGAUUGGUGCUGUUGGACAGAGAUCUCCUCUAAAGCAUAGAGCUGAUGUAUAUAGCAGUGGCUAAAGUAACACUUACUGGUUUUUUUUUGUGGCCACGGCAGGACUUGUGAUGGAGCCACAUAUAAUUUAAUACACAUUGUCACAGAGAGAAUCAAUAAGCCUUCAGUUGAUAAACUACAUAUGCUUUUACAUGGUAUUUGAUAAAUGCUGGUUUAGAAAAUACCUUUGAGCAGAAACAUAUUGUUCUUUAUGUCUGCCUUUUUAAAACUGCAGUGUUAUCAGCUGUGCUUUGGAGGGAAGUCUUAGCAUAAGGUGUUGAAAGCCUCCAAAAGUUUCUAAAGCACACUGUAGGUACUGCAGGGUUUAGUGAACUUGGGAAUGCUUUGUGAGUCACUAGGGAUAACAGGUAAAAGUAGAAAAGCAGUUCUGCGAGGGAUUUACAUAUGCAAAUUUCAUAUAGACACCCGUCUCGGGGUAUAAUCUGGCUGGUUCCUAACUUGUGUUUCUGGAGCCAGCAAUUCCAAAUAAGUAUUCCAGCGAGGCAGAGCCAUGUCUGUAUUGGUCAUGGACCUGCAGCAGCUUACAGCAGAUUUAAUUAUGGUCUAUAAUCUUUGUCAGAGCUUCCUUUGUCUGGGGAAGAAGGAAGAGGCUAAUUUGUGGAUCUCCUCUUCCAGCUAAGGAGGAAUUAGCUCUAGCAGGGUUAGAUUUCUGAGAGGGGUACAGGAAGGGUGGAAAGCAAAUGCUACACAUUACUGUGUGUAAUGAGCAGCUGGGGGCUUAUUUCUUACUGUUGUGAACCUGGUACUUAGGAGAGGGUGUGCGAGUAUAUAUAUUCAUGUAUAUGUACAAAGUAGAACUUAUAAAGCAUUAGCCAGCAUACUCUAAAGCUAAACUCAUUUAGAACUAAGCUUUUUUUCAAUGCCCGUUAUUUCUUGUAUUAUAUGUUGUAUAGCUUUCUGUUUUGUAACACCUUUUUAAAGUUGUUAAAUCUGUAUUUUGCAUGUGAUUCUGUUUUGGAAAGGCCAGGUGACUUCUGAAGGUCCCUUCCAGGCAUUCACAGAAUGUGAACAACCACAAACUUUAGAACUCAAGCUUAAUCAUGGUGCAUACAAUUAACUGUAUUUAUGAUUCUUGCUGAAGAACAGAAUCCUGUGACAAAUGUGUCCCUUUAAAAAUUUUUUUUCUGUACAGUACUGGCUGGUGUAGUCUUCUUUGUAUCAUAAGUAAUGAUAUUACCUACUUUUAAAUGAAUUCCAAAACCAGCAGAGAAUCCCAAGCCUUGAAAAUAUUUGCACAGCUAAAGUUGAGGAGAAAAUUCUUAAGAAAAUGAACACUCUCUCUAAUAAGAGAGAGGGUGGUAUGGUAAUAGUGUUUAGCAUAACUUAAGUCUUUUGUAUGUUUUUUCUUUUUUAUUGUCAUGACUUGUCAAAAAAGCACAAAUGUAAAAUGAACUUGGCUCUGAAUAUACUGAGGGGCUAGAAGCAUAAUCAGCAUGUUACACAAUUAAGAUGUUCAGGAGAAAGCUAUUGCAAAUAGUCAUUAACUACUCUCAAGUGAUACUAAUGUAUGUGGCCCUCCUUUCAAAUGUGGUGGCUUAAUUAAAACUGUUUUAAAUGA